AUGACCGUGUCGCGCCUUGCGGUCACGGCGACCGCCAUCGUCGCAGUGCUCGUCGGCUGCGCUUCCGCCAGCGACCUCGGUUCGACCUCCAGCACCAUCGCGACACCGUCACCUUCGCCUUCGCCAUCGGCACAGUCCAUCCCCUAUCCGCUGGCGGGUCCAGAUUCUUCUGGGGACGCGGAUGACAACGGAGAAUGUAGGCUUCUGGGCCCUUUCUCGCUCCUCGUUCAAGCCGCGCUCGGGGCGUUGGCCCUGUUGUCUCUGGUCUACAAACGAUGGAGGGAAAGGCCGCAGCGGCCCCUGAAAGUAUGGGCCUUCGACGUCUCAAAACAGGUCUUCGGGUCGGCAAUGCUCCAUCUCGCAAACCUACUCAUGUCUAUGUUUUCUGCCGGCCAGCUGGAGAUCACCAGCGACUAUAAACCCAACCCCUGUUCGUUCUACUUGUUGAACCUGGGCAUAGACACCACCCUUGGUAUCCCGAUUUUGAUCUUCAUUCUCCAUGUACUAAAUCGCUUGGCCUCUUAUACUCCGCUCGCCAACCCCCCGGAAUCGAUCAUCUCGGGCAACUAUGGCCGUCCGCCUCGUGCAGUUUGGUGGUUCAAGCAGUCCAUCAUAUAUUUCAUUGGGUUGCUGGGGAUGAAAAUCUGUGUCUUCUUCCUCAUCCAGCUUGUGCCGUUCAUUGUCAAAGUCGGUGAUUGGGCUUUGCGAUGGACGGAAGGAAAUGCCGCCGUGCAAAUUUUCUUCGUCAUGCUUCUAUUUCCCGUUUGUAUGAACGCGAUUCAGUAUUAUAUCAUCGACACAUUCAUCAAGAAACCAUCGGAUGAGUUGCUGGAGGAAGAGGACGACCGUGAGGAAGAUUUAGACGAUGACCACGACCACCGCCACGCCCUGUUGGCAGGUUUGGAGGAUGACGGAACGUUGGUGUCCGAGGACGACGCUGCGGAGCGAAGACUUGCCAAAGGUCUGGAUAGCCCGACGCGAACGAAAGAAGCUCUGUCGAAAUUCGACGCAGCCGACUAUCCCCCUGCAUCCCGAGGUGAGAACAGCUCUGCUUCGUCCGCCUCAACCGGUUCCAGCAGCAGCAGCCAUGGCGAAUAUGAUUUGAUGUCAUCAUCUACGAAACUCACGGUACAACAAAAGACUCCAUGA